AGUAAAAAUACGCAGAUCCACAUGUGUCAAUGAUGGCUGCUGUUCACAUCAAGCAUUUCACACACAGUUAUAUAUCAACUGCUGGUCAGCUAACGGCUAGAUUAAAAGGCUUGUGUCAAGAAGGGAGUAGUAAAAGCGACCACUUUUUACCUGAUGUACCAGGUGUGUCUGUGAAAGAGGUCAUUGUCGCUACGACCCAUUUUGUAAUUCUAACGGACGACGGUCGUAUCUAUCGUAUCCCUUACUCUCUCGCCAGCGAAUCGAAAGACAAGAGUGGAGAUGAUGAUGGAGCAUCCACUAGCAGUGUUCUAUCUGGGUCUAGAGGUGGCUCUCCUAGGGCCACUGAACAGGACGUCGCUUCAGGAUCUGCUACUGGAUCGAGUCAAGGUUUUUCAUCUUUUGCUCAAAGGUUCAGUAGCCUGAUAUCAAGGAGAGGUAGACUGGCUGGUAGGAGGAUAGUGGUUGAGAGGAGGCCGGAGAGACUAGGGAGGACCCUCAUCCAACGUACUCCAGUGGUACCAGCAUCAGAAAUACCAGAGGAACUCAUCGAGGAGGCACUCUCUGUACUACAAGGGAAGUCGAGAGAAGUUGUGGUCAGGGAACUCCAAAGAACAAAUCUAGAUGUCAAUACUGCUGUCAAUAACCUCCUCAGUAGAGAUGAUGAUGAUGAUAUAAAUGAUCACGACGACCUCCCCCUAAUGCCCUCUGGCGACGAACUCCUAACUCUCCUUGGCACCGGAGCACUAGCAGAAGAAGACAUGGAGGAACUGCUGGCUAUAUCAAGUAGCCGCAGCCGAGAGGAAGGCUACAGGAGAGAGACCGGUCGACCAUCGUCUAUUUAUCACGACUCGCUCGUGGCUCAAGAGAUUCGUUCGUGGGUGACACUGGCCGACCGUGCGGCGACCGGUAGCCCAUCGACUGCCACUGGUGGUACCUCCUCCUCGGGCGGUAUAGGAGGAGGGGCUAGUAAGAGUAAGAGUAGCUCACAGUCGGUGAAGGAGGGAGGGUCAGCAGCUGUACACUUUGGGAUGCAAUCUUGCUGGGGAGAGAAAGAGAAUGUUAAACAUUUCUCUUUAAUUGCUGCCACAUCCUCCGAACUAUUGGCUGUGGACACUGAGGGCAGACUCUAUGGUUGGGCAUGGUCAUCCCCAACCCCUCCCACAUCCCCACACCCACGUUCUGCCGAACUGGGUCUUGAAAACGAGAGAAUACGUCUACUAUCAGCCAGGGUCCUAAGAGCUACUGCUGUGACUGAAACUGGAAAGAUAGCAACAUGGACUGAUCCUGCUGUGGCUAAGGUAGCCAGGAGUAUAGAGCAUCCAGCAACAAACUACCAGGAGCUUUCAGGAGAGACUAUAGUCUAUCUUAAUGCUUGUGAACUGUUUACUUCUGUUUUUACUGAGUCGGGAAAAGUGUUUUGGUGGGGCGUACUCCCAUUCCUCGAGAGGAAGAUACUAAUAGCACAGGCUCAAGAAAAGAACAGGUCCUACUCUGGCUCAACGACCCUCGGGGGGUCACGUCACGAUCACAUUCACGAGGGGUCCCAGGUCUUUCUCAGGUCCCGCCCGGUCUACUCGGCCGGUUGCCGUGGGAUACACGUCAAAGGCUCCUCCCUAAAGUGUGGGGAGCUCAUGGAGUCAGUUUUUUCUUUGAACGAGAAGUGUCGCUUUAGAAUACUCUCCAAUAACGAUAGACCACCUGGUAAUAAUGGGGAGACUCCAAUGGAAACUGAUAAACAACAAGUGGGCGGGGCCACACCAGUACCAGGCUCUAAAAGGCGUCGUCCAUCAGAUGAUGACGAAACUGAUGACAGCCGGAGGGAAGAGCUCUGGUCGCUACGUGACGUCAUAUUCUUGACUCCGCCCCUUUCCUCCACCCCUCUCGGCUCUGUCAUGAAACUGGAUGGACUGUAUGCUGCCGUGUUGUUCCCAUCACUCGCUGACCAAAAGGAGGCGGAGUCUGAGAGCAAAGACAAGAGCGUGUUGUCACAGUGCAGACUAUUAAGAAAAGACGAUUUACUAGUGGUUCCACCCAGUGGUAUGCAAGCUGAUGUGCUAACAGUCCAAGCUGCUCCAAAGAGACUAAAGCUACCAGCAGACAGCACUGUACUAGCAUUAUCCUCCGAUGUAAAAGGAAUAUUUGGUAUCUUAUCAAAUCAAGGUACUCUUACUUGUUGUAAUUUCAGUCUUGAAACUGCUAAACUCUCACUUUCUUCGACCUUCCCCGAGCCUUCGUCAAAGUUUCUUUCAUCUCAGCUCUUGCCUCGCCCACAGACACACCCACCACCAAUGAAACUGAUACCCCUUGGUCUCUCACUCUGGCUCCUUGUUGAUUCAUCGGGUGGUCUGUACCCUCUGGCUAAGGACAGCAUGGGGGGAAUGAAACAAUUACCUUUACUGAAUUUGCCACCUGUUCAAGCCAUCACUAGUACUCCUUAUUCAUCAAAGCAGCUGCUGGUUGCUAUGGUAUUCCAACCACAGAGACUAAUACCAUUACUGAGACAAGGAAACGUCCAGACACUGAAGGACUUUAUGCAAGCAUUGCCUCCAUCAGAAAUAGACCAGUAUCUCAAAGAGAGGACUCACGGUGGUUGUAACAUUAUUCAUUUGCUAGCAUCACUAGCUGCUCCCUCUCGCCCCCCUCCCUCCUCCUCCUCCUCCUCCUCUGCUAAUACUGGGAGGGGUAGGACUGGAUUUCGGGAAAUGAUGCACCACGCGCUCCAACUAGCAUCAACCUCAGAAUCAUCUCGUUUGUGGAGUGUUGGUUUGGAAGGGAGUGAAGAGGAGGUAGAGGAUGUGUCUGAUAAAGAGGAUAAAGGCUCGUCUGCUCCUCUGGCUCUACUCAAUCACCUCUCAACUUAUUUCUCUCUCUUCCAUGACACUUUCCUUGAUCUCAUGUCUGAGGUUAACCUAGCUGGUUAUACUCCUUUCAUGACAGCUGUAGCCUGCAAGGCUUAUGGUGUAGCUCAGUAUCUGUUAGAGUUAGGUCGGGCUCUGGCUGAAGGAGAGGAGGAUCUACUGAUGUCCAUGUUCUUUCCUCCCGGGAGUCAUCCUGAUGAUAAUCCUCUCUUUAUACUCUGUCGUAAUGAUCCCUGCUCUUUCACUUGGACUGGAGAAGAUCACAUUCAUCAAGAUAUAUUUGAGUGUCGUACCUGUGGUCUUGUAGGCAGCCUCUGCUGUUGUACUGAGUGUGCUUAUUCCUGUCAUCGCGGUCAUGACUGCUCCUUCAAGAGAGCCUCUCCCAAUGCUUACUGCGACUGCUGGGAGAAGUGCAGCUGUCAGGCUCUAGCUCAGGGCGAUGAUGGAGCUAGGAUGACACUCCUUCUCAAGCUACUCUCCUUUUCAUUCCUCACCACACGACCUAAUGACAGAGGAGAAUACCUACUAUCAAUGCUUGCUAAUACUGUUGCUAGACAGCGCAAGGAACAGGGUCACUGGUUAGGUAAGAAGUCAAAUUCCUCCCUCAGGAGAGGAGGAGGAGGAGGAGGGACUUCCUCCGGUCGCUUUGAAGGAGCUACAGACACACCAGGACAGACCAAUGGGCCUCCAAAGUUUGCUAAUCGUGCGCUGAUGUUAGUCCUUGAGGACUGGCUGAGUAUAAGGACGACUCUCCUCUGUCAUAGCAAGGAGGAGAUUAAUGGAGGAGGAGGGAGGGAGGGAGGAGAGUGGCCGUUUGUAUUGUCUCAGGGAGAGCAGCAGAGGAUACUCAAAGCUCAAAAGACUACGAAUUAUCUUGACAGUUUUACUUAUACAAUCCUAACAAGAACCACUCACCCAAUAGUGGAGACAUUAGUAAGCUCACUGGUAUCACAGAUUGGUCCUGAGAGAGCUGAUUCCGAGGCAGUGAAAGCCUGUCAGCAUUUCAUUCGUUCAGUUCUGAGAGUGUUGGUUGUGUGUGAGAUGGAGAAAACAGGAACAACUGAUACUUCUGUUAAUACAAUCACCAGUAGGAAAAAACAAUCAUCAGAUUCAGAUCAUUCCUCAGUCUACAAAGAGGCUGUAUUUAUUCUCAAUUCUCUCUCUCCUCUCUCAAUACCAGAGGUUAUCAGUACAGCACGUGCCCUCAUCCUUCCAGUGUGCAUGGGCGUGGCCAGACCAUUUCUUCCUUCACUGAUGAACGAUAAACACAAGAUAUCAGAAGAGCUCUUCACCCUACCCUCUGCCACUCUCCAUCGUCAGUCUAAGUCCUCUUCUACUGCUGCGACUACCGUUACAGAAGUGGGUGUGGCUAAUAUAGGCGGGGUCGGUGAGGGUGUGAGUGACAGUGAGAGUGAGGUUGGUGAGGGGGAAGAGACUCAUACCCACGGGGACGCGUCGUCGACGGCAACCAUUGGGUCCGGGCCCAUCCCUUUCUUUUCUGACCAGGAGAGCAGUGAUGGUGAGGAUCUGGACAGUAUGGGAGAGGACGGGUCACUGGAGGGUGAGAUGGAGGACGAGGUGUAUCCGUUUGUUGUUGGAGGGGGAGGAGUCAGUGAGACUAACACUGGAAGGACAGGUGGAGCCACACACUGGGCACUCCCUGAGACUGGAACCACUAGUGUUAGGAGGUUCUCUAGAUCUGGCGGAAGGGAUAAUCACAGCUACAAUGUCACUGUCUCUCUCCUUACUCAAUCCUUUUCUUCUCUCAUUCGUCUUGUCACUGAACUCCAAUCUAAUAUCACUAUGGAUGGACCGCACCCACCUUUUGUACUGCAGCCACUCCCAUCUGAUCGAGAAGAGAUUCAUUUGGUAAUAUGGAGAGGUCUUGAGAGAGUAUGGACGUGGCUUGGCUCAGUAAUGGACAGCACUGAAGCUCAGCUGAGACUAGGCUGUGUCCUUAAUAUUGGGGACCUACUGGAUCCUUCCCCCUCCUCCUCCUCCUCCCCUCGUACCUCUGCCAUUCACCCCUCCACCUACCAACAAGUGCCCACUGCUUCUGGUGGGCGGAGCUCUUCCUCUGACUCCUCCCCUGGGCUUGAGAGUAGGCGUGGCUUUCUUGGCUAUUUGUUGAGUUUAAUGAAGUGUGAGAGCAGCGAGCACAGUGGGGUCCUCCCGGCACUGGACAUGGGUCGAAUGGAGCAUGUGGCGUGGGUUGUAGACUCACUAGUGUACCUGUUGGCUCAUACUGCACCUCCUCAGCAUUCUAAUAAGGAUAAGAUUACUAAUGUGAAGUUGCUUUCUGAGGAUCAGAGGAGGUUCUUCCGUCGCUCGAGCUCCACUGUGUGUCUCAGUUAUCCUCCUCCCUCUCCCUUUGCACCUCUUGCUGAGACACUCCCUCUAGCAGAAAGACCUCAACUACUCCACCCACGUCAAAGUAAGGAGACUUUAUUUGGUUAUAGCAAUCAGGAGAUAUUGGAGGUGUGGCCUCAGACCAGUGUCCCGCCCCCUCAGAUCCACUACUUGAUGUUAGCUCCUAUCCCAGUACAGAUUGGACUCAAUAGGUCAAUGGAAAUGAAGGAGAGGGACAGAAUGGAGACAUCAAAUUCAGUUGUUCUAUCAAAGGAUCAGGUAUCUUGUGAGACGAGUCAUUCCCUGGCAGUCUGUGUGUUACUGGGUCGCUGGUGCAUGACUAUUGAGCUAUUGGGGCGGGUCUGUGCCGAGUCGGUUGGUAAACUCAAGCACUCGAUAUUCAACCAGUUGCAGGGAUUUGAGAACACUGAGAGAGACCUAAGACGUGACAUGGACUACCUUAGAUCAUCGGCACACAGAGACCUACAGCUUGAGGUUGAAAGAGAGAGGGAGAGGUUGCUCCCGGAGUUGUUUCGUAGGCUCAAUGAUCACUGCGAGUUUCAUCGUGUUAGCAUCAACCUCCAGCCACUGUGUGUCCACAGACUAAGGGUAUCCUUCAGGAACGAGCAGGGGGAGGGGUCUGGGGUCGUCCGCAGUUUCUUCACUGCAGUCUACGAGGCCGUUAUUUCCGAAAGUCCAUUGCCGGAGUUGGAUCAUCGUUUGUCUCAUUCAGUUCGACCAAUUUCAUUUUCUGAAAUACUUGAUGACAUAGUGAGUGGUAGUAUGGAGGAAGUGGGUGGAGGAGGAGGGGGAGGAGGGGCUGAGGUAUCAUCUUCGGGUGAAUUGUGUCCGUUGUUCCAUCAGCCUGGUAAACCUGGUUUCUAUUCAGUCAGAGUUGGACCAAACACUCCAUCGAGACUUAAUGCAUAUAGAAAUAUAGGGAGGGUUAUUGGUUUGGCAUUGUUACAUUCAGAGAUGAUGCCUCUUCCUUUCUGUAGACAUAUUUACAAGUAUCUGCUUAACAAAAAGAUCUCGUGGCAUGAUUUGGCAUUCUUUGAUCCUGCCCUUUAUGAAGGAUUGCGUAAGCUGGUCAUUGUGUCACAGAGAGAAGAUCAUCAUGUCUCAGAAAUGGAUCUCAGUUGGCAGGUUACUUUGAGUGAGAAUGAAGGAGGGGGGACUCACUGUCUCCUCUCCUCUCUCUCUGAUAAGUCAAUAGUGGCCGAUGAUGUAUUGGAAUAUGUAAGACGCUAUGCUGAACUGAGAAUGAUAAAGAUUAUUGAAGAACCACUCCAAUCAAUGAAGUCUGGUUUAUAUGAUGUCCUCCCUACUACAGUAUUGGAGGGUCUGACUCCUGAGGAUUUGAGGCUUUUGCUCUGUGGGUGUCAGCAGGUUGAACUUGACGUACUCAAAAAGAUAACAACUUUCACCGACGAGAGCCGCAAAGGCACUGAUCAGAUCAAUAAAUUCAAGUCGUGGUUCUGGUCAAUCGUGGAGCGAAUGAGCAACAGAGAGAGACAAGACCUCCUUUAUUUCUGGACGUCCUCCCCUGUAAUGCCGGCAAACCCAGAGACGUACCAACCAGCUCCUAGUAUAACCCUGAGACCAGCUGACGAUCAGCACCUACCAACUUCCAACACUUGCAUCUCUCGCCUCUAUCUCCCCCUCUACUCAACGAAAGCUUUACUAAAAGCAAAACUUCUAGCGGCGAUUAAGAUAAAGACUUUUGGCUUCAUAUGAGACCUGGUGGGCAUCAUUUAGAAAUCUCACUCAAUGUAUUUAUUAUUAUUAUUAUUAUUAUUAUUUAAUUUUUCUGUACGUGAAAGAGAGAUACAGUAUUAUGUUUGUAGGUGAACAAAGAGAGAGAGAGAGUGGGGAUAGGUGAUGGUGGGUAUUAUUAUUAUUAAUAGUUCAAUCAUUGACAAGCAUGAAAAAAUUUUUCUUUAACUUUGUAUAAUAAUAAAAUUAUUAUUGUUAACUUUAUGUGUACAAGGUACUUGUGUUAUGAUAGGUUGGCAGGAGGGAAAUUCUGUUAUGGAGUGUAGGUAGUUGUAAAAUGCCUCACUUUCCUUGUAACUCAGACCACAUAAAAAUAACCUUUGCCAGCUUUGAUUUCUGUUCUUAUAGUCUUUAUAUCCAUUAUUGUUUGUUACAUUAGAAAACUGCUAUUGUUACUGGGUUAUCGAGGGAGGGAACUAU